AUGGCUGAAGUAAAACCGGAAGAGAUGGUCCACCAUCCGCCCAUGGAUCAGCUGCAGGGGUUUGAGUACUGCAUAGACUCGAAUCCUUCCUGGGGAGAGGCAAUUGGUUUGGGGUUCCAGCAUUACAUACUGUCCCUGGGAACUGCUGUGAUGAUCCCCACAAUGUUGGUUCCUCUAAUGGGUGGAAAUGAUCAUGACAAGGCGAAAGUGGUUCAGACACUGCUAUUUGUGACUGGGAUAAAGACACUGCUCCAGACACUAUUUGGCACUCGCCUUCCCACUGUCAUUGGCGGCUCAUAUGCAUAUGUUGUUCCAGUCCUCUCCAUAAUCCAUGACCGAUCGCUUGCACAAAUAGCGGAUGGCCAUACCAGGUUCCUACAGACAAUGAGAGCGACACAGGGUGCGUUGAUAGUGUCGUCAAGCAUUCAGAUAAUUCUUGGCUAUAGCCAGUUGUGGGCAAUAUGUUCGAGGUUCUUUAGCCCACUUGGGAUGGUUCCAGUGGUUUCAUUGGUGGGGCUUGGCCUUUUCGAGAGAGGAUUCCCAGUGGUUGCAAGCUGUGUGGAGAUUGGCCUUCCGAUGCUUAUCCUAUUUGUUGUGUUUUCCCAAUAUCUCAAGCAUGUACAUGUUCGGCAUGUUCCGAUUUUGGAGAGGUUCUCAUUGCUGGUGUGCAUUGCUCUUGUCUGGGUCUAUGCCCACAUUCUAACAGCAGGUGGUGCAUAUCAUCACACUGCACUGCACACCCAGAUCAGUUGCAGGACAGACCGUUCUAACCUUAUCUCUUCAGCAUUAUGGAUAAGCAUCCCAUAUCCCUUGCAAUGGGGGGCACCAACAUUCAAUGCAGACCAUGCAUUCGGCAUGAUGGCUGCAGUGAUGGUGUCGCUAAUAGAGUCAACUGGCGCAUUCAAGGCUGCUGCCCGGUUGGCAAGUGCAACACCCCCACCAGCAUAUGUCCUCAGUAGAGGCAUCGGGUGGCAGGGAAUAGGUACCCUACUGGAUGGGCUAUUUGGCACUGCGACUGGCUCUACUGUUUCUGUUGAGAAUGUUGGUCUUCUUGGGUCUACAAGGAUUGGCAGCAGGAGAGUGAUACAGAUUUCUGCUGGUUUCAUGAUCUUCUUCUCCAUAUUAGGAAAAUUCGGGGCACUUUUUGCUUCCAUUCCGUUUACAAUAUUCGCAGCCAUAUACUGUGUUAUGUUUGGAAUUAUUGCGGCGGUUGGGCUAUCCUUCCUACAAUUCACCAACAUGAACUCUAUGCGCAACCUCUUCAUCGUUGGUGUUUCACUCUUUCUUGGCUUAUCGAUACCAGAGUACUUUUCUCGGUAUCUGACAGGUGCUCAAAAUGGCCCGGCGCACACGAAGGCUGGAUGGUUCAAUGACUACAUCAACACCAUCUUCGCGUCCCCGCCGACUGUCGCUCUCAUCAUUGCUGUAGUCCUUGACAACACGCUAGAUGUCAGAGAUGCGGCGAAGGACAGGGGGAUGCAAUGGUGGGAGCGGUUCCGGACAUUCCGAGGGGACAGCAGGAACGAAGAGUUUUACACCCUCCCCUUCAACCUCAACAGGUUCUUCCCACCAUCUUGA